CGGAAGCCUCGGAUUCGGCGCUGAUGUCAACAACAGAAGAAAUCCAGAGAUCCGCGUGGCAGCCAAUAAUGGAAGAACUCUAGGGAUCCGUGACGCGGACAACAAUGAAAGUUGAUGAAGAGAACUUUGCCAUAACUCUUGGAAAGGAGGCGAUUCUUCAUUUUUUUUUCUCGUGUCAUGUCCACGCAACGGCCAACGUCGAAUGUUGACCACUAUUACAACCAGCCAAUGUCAAGCAAGGAUCUUUUGGCGUCUUUGGAGCAGCAUGUUCCCUUUGGAGUAAACAAGUGCUCUGCCCAGAAGAUAAGCAAUUGGCUGUCAAGUCUUCCACAAUUUGAUGUGGUAAAGAAGGUUAAUCGGUUUUACUUGUGCAGGCAAUGUCGUAGGAGAAAUAUUCAAUUAUCCAUCGAGUAUAUCCGACAUGACAAUUCUGUCGACAUUGGAAACGUUCGAAAAAGCAAUGGCGUGGGAAACCGCAGGAAAGCGAGUGGAUCUUCUGCAGAAGAUGGAUCGUCUUCGCGCAAAAAUAUUUUGCCGAAAAGUUUUCGUCAAAUGCUGACGAUCCACUGGUGGAACGUGACAAAACAACUCAAACCUUCCAUGCAAGCCAUCAUUCAGAAGUUCCGGCAUAUCAAUGGGGCUGCCAAGGCCUCAUGGCGAUAAUAGUACCAAUUCUCGGUGGAAGGUAGCCAUGCGAUACUUUUCGCUAGAUGAAGAUAUCAGUAACGUAGUGAUGGAAGCUCGGCAAAGAUCGAUUGUUGGAAACCGAAAAGAAGAAGAAUCUCGAUGAUAAUC